ACGCACAGCCAUACCGUUACAGGUGCUGUACACACACACACACACACACGCACACACACGCACACACAACGUGGAGACUCUCAAGAUGCACACACACGCACAGAUGAUUCAAAUGCGCAUACAAGAUGGGUUACUAGUGCGGGGAUGGAGAGGAGAGAGAAAGGGAAGGGGUGUCGAGCAAAACCCUCAUCGAUCCGUCCGAGAAAGAGAGAGAAAGCGCAGAGCCUGGCUGCAUCUUCAUCCCAGCAGACCCCUCCUCUCCCUCUUCCUCCCUCUCUCACCCACUCUCUCUCUGUCUUUCUGCCAGCUGAUGCUGACUGGAGGUGAAGCUGUUUUUCUCUCCGCUCGUCAUCCAGGAGAAAGAAAAAAAAAACUAUUAAAAAAAAUCUGGACGGCCUGACAGGAGGUUUCGGAUUUUCCCACUAGUUGGUGAUGACAACCGGAGGAAACUGAAUUUGAAGAUAACAAGCCGAGAGAGAGAGAGAGAGAGAGCGCAACAUCCAAGACAGUAGCGCAGAGAGAAACACAACAACUUCCAGCAGCGGUGUCCUCGGGGCGGUCUGCGGGGAUCUCCGGAGCCGUUGGCACUGACUGAAGGUGGGUGUAAAACUUCCCUGAUCAGACAUGGACUUCCCGGACGAGUUCCUGCUGGCGGAGCUGCAGCUCUACAAUGACUCGCUUUUCCAGAACAACUUCAGCAGCGCCUACAACGACACCGACGCCUUACUGCCGACCGGGGUGAAGGUCACCAUUGUGGUCGUCUACAUGAUCGUCUGUGUCAUCGGCCUGGUGGGAAACUUCCUGGUCAUGUAUGUCAUCAUAAGAUACACCAAGAUGAAAACAGCCACCAACAUAUACAUCUUUAACCUGGCGCUGGCUGACUCUUUGUUCCUGGCUACUUUACCUUUCCAGGGCACUGAUGUGUUUCUGGGCUUCUGGCCAUUUGGGAAUGCCCUGUGCAAGGCGGUGGUGUCUAUCGACUACUACAACAUGUUCACUAGCACCUUUACCCUGACAGUGAUGAGUAUGGACAGGUACGUGGCCGUCUGCCACCCUGUCAAGGCGCUGGACAUGAGGACUCCUCACAAAGCCAAGGUGGUGAAUAUCUGUGUGUGGGUGUUGGCCUCUGCCUUCGGUGUCCCAGCUAUGGUCAUGGGGAAUGUUGAGGAGGAUCAAGAGCAUAACAGUGUUGAGUGCAUUGUGGGUUUACCUGAACCAAGGAGUCACUGGGAUCCUGUCUUUGGCACCUGUGUCUUCCUCUUCUCCUUCCUCAUCCCCGUAGCUAUCAUCAGUAUCUGCUACAGCCUGAUGGUCAAACGCCUGCGCAGUGUUCGCAUCCUGUCCGGCUCCAAGGAAAAGGACCGCAACCUGCGGCGCAUCACCAGGAUGGUUCUGGUGGUGGUGGCGGCUUUCGUUGUCUGUUGGACCCCCAUCCAGAUCAUGGUCCUGGCUCAGUCUCUGGGCUUCAACCUGAGCAGUUUGUUCACGCUGGUCCUGAUGCACUUCUGCAUUGCGCUGGGCUACGUCAACAGCAGCUUGAAUCCUGUGCUUUAUGCCUUCCUGGAUGAAAACUUCAAGCGCUGCUUCCGCGAGUUCUGCCAUCCAUCUCCGUUCCGCCUUGAUACCCAGCAGUCGGGCAGGAUGAGGAGCAUCGCCAGGGAGGUGGCAGCUGCCUACAGCUGCAAGGCCGGGGAUGGCGGGGGGCCUGGCGGUGGGACGCCUAAUCCAGCAUGACUAGGCGUGGAGCUCCCCUUGGUGGGGGUAGACCCCCCACAGAGGGGAGAGACCCAUGGGACAGGGAACUCCAAUACAGAAUUGACUCAGAUUACAGCUCUCUAGCGGCACGAACCCUCCCGCCCCCCAAUGAGAAGACUGGCCUGGGGCGGGGGGGAGGGAGAUGAGGAGGAUGGGGUCGAAAGGAAAAGAAUUUAGGGAAUGAGUCACGGCACCUGUAGGUUUAAAUGGGUGCGGGGAAGUUAGAUCUAUUGGAAGCUUUGUUAGGAAGGACGGUGGAUAUCUGCGUAGGAGAUGCCUGAUAUGGACGUAACUGAGUCCUAGAUUGGAAGGACUAUGGCUUUAACUCCACAAGGUGGGACAAAGUGAUAAAAUGUUUUGGAGCAGAGUUAAGUGAGUUUUAGGCAAACCUCAAGAAUACUUGCUUAAGGCUUCAGUUAUCUUGAGUGUUGUUAGACAUUUAUUUUAGUUCCAAAAGCAACAGCCUCAUGAACAGAAAUUGGAUCUGCCAACUGAGGUUGGGAGACACUUGCUGCCUCUCUCGGUAGCUGCCUGACUUUCUACUUGGCUAUGAGAAGGCAUGAGUUGGAGUGCAAAUUCAGAGUAAGUGUAUGAACAGCAUGGGAUUAAUAGAAGGAGCUACAGAUACCAAAUCUGCAAAACCACCUUGCAUUACUUGCUUGUAGGAGGAAUACAAACAACAUUUGAAGUGCAGAUUGUGGUUAUCCCGGAAUAACGACCAUGGACAUUGCAAAGUGUGAAAUGGAGAAUAAACACUUUCACUACAGUUUCUAAACUUUCAGUCGUAAGUGGUUGGAAGUGGUGGAUAAAGAAGUCUGGUAUCCUAUGCUGGUCGCAGUAGGAGGCUGUUAUUGAGAGGGUUUUACUGAAACAAAAUGCGUCGACAUGAUCGUAUUAUGCUGCUGAGCCCGUGACGCUUGACUUUAAUCGGCACGCAAAGUGUAAUGUGACGUUUAUGUGGACAACAAGUUGGAUGUAAUAUCUGCAAGGAAAAGUACAAUUUGCAGCAAGCUACUCUUGAACAAUAUUUCUUAAACUGUGUCUAUGGACCCAGAGCGGGUCACAUGAAUGUUAUUUCUCAUAGAAGAUGCAUUUCUCAGUGUGUCCUGAAACAAAUUAAGCCUAAGAAAUCCUGUCCUGAAACAAAUUUCUUAGAGUUUCUGUGAUUUCUGAGAACUUUCUAUGAACACCUGUGGGAGCACGGGCAGUGUUUGGGGUGGGAUAUGGGGAGACCUUACAGGACAGCAAAAAACAAAGAGAUUUAGUAUUUGGAGAAAAAAACACAAGGUGUAUGGACCUUUUUUCUUGCUGUUUUGUAGGACACAAAAUGAAUGACAGUGCCUGUUUGUGCUGUUUGUGGCGGGUCCACACAUAAAGUUAGCCUGUAGGGAUGUAUACGUAUCAAAUUUGCAGUUAAGACUUGAAGUCUGUCUCAAACAACUUUAACGUGACCUGGGUAAAAGCAAUGCUUUCACAAAAGCUGCUCCAAGCACUUAAAUCUUCAAGUAUAACAAAACAUUCAAUUACAAUGAUUGCUCACAUAAAAAAAAUAAAUAAAAAUCUAUAAACAAGGACAAACACUGAAAACCAUAAACCACUUUACCAGAUGAUAACUUUUUAAGACAAUGUGUGUAUGUUUAAAAAUUAAUACAAAGAAAUAUAACACAAUCUUCCUUCUCUAGUCUCAUUUAAAAAUUAGAACUACAAUUGACCAACAUAGCUGCAGCUUGUUGAAAAAAAGAAAAUCUAGACCUUCAUAACUGCUUGAAGUUACUGAUUAUGGUUUCCCAUCAUAUGGAGUUUGCUUAUUGAUUCUGACUCCUAUAAAAUUCUCGUUUUGAUUAUGUUGAUGUGGUAGAAACCAAAAGAUUGCAACUUUUGACUAUCAAAUAGAACCCAAGUUUAAGUUUCAAGGCUGGAAAAUUGCAGGGCUCACGUUUAAGGAAGGAACUUUGGGCAUUUUUUUUUUUCUAAAUUCAAACUACUUCCCUAUACAUUUGACAGAACUGACCUGCAACUAAAGUAAGAUGUCAGUUUUAAUGUCAGUGCUAUCCAUUGCAAUCACCAAAACAAAUGUUUGCGCUGGGGGUGUAGAGUUGCAUGAUCUGAGGAGGACCAUUAAAACUGUUACCCCCUGCUGUAAAGGAAUAAAUUAAUUAAUUGAAAAUUAAAAAAUAAUAAGAAUCUAUGGAAAAACAACUGGGUGGAAAGACAGUGCUAUCUCAGAGGUCCUCUUAUGAUCCAGUUUCCAGUGGUUUAUCAUGGUUUAUCAAUUUGGAUACCAGCAGAGUGGCACUGACAGAGGUAAUAUAAUAACACAUGUUUUAAAAAUGACUCAUCUGGAUUUGCUGUUUUUGUAUUUUUGUUUGUUUUUUGUUUUUUUUACCCAGGUCAGGUUUGAGGAUUCUGAGGUGAAGCUGACCUGUUAAGGAGUUGAAGCUGGGUUUAGGAGAGUUCUGGUGAAGUCGGGGUUUUAGAAACGUUGAGGUGGGGCACUUACAGCGGGAGGGGUUGGGUCUGGGUGUUACCUGAGGAGUAAUUUUGACUCCCAGCACCACAGUGGCAAAGCAGGAGGAUGGGGUCACAGUGCUCUGACCCCACUCCAAGGGACAAAGGGGCUCUCUCUCUUCUUAGUGUCUUAAAGUGGAAAUCAACCCUGAAACAGAAAUCGCAUCAAAUAUUCUCAUUCUGGACGGUUGUGGGAAUCCUACUGACAGCAUUACACUGGAUACAGUCUGUCAGUGUGGAGGUUUGGGCCACAAAAAUAGGACGACUAUGAAAUAAAAGUUAUCGCCCAGUGGUUGUAGGCCUCUGUCAAACAGUUAAGUGGCAGUUUACAUCCUUGUUGGUUGAGAAUUCUACCUUUUGGAUAUAAAACGUCAUUACUAAAUCAUUUUUAUUCUAUUUACUGGACAUUUGAGUGAAAUUUAUGGCCAACAUGUGUUUGAUGAGGUCAAUUUUUUAUUACUCUUUUUUCCAGGAAACCUAAGUGCAGUUUCUGACUCCCAGAUUUAUCUAAACAUUUAUAAAUCAGUUUUUGUUCUCAUUUGAACAACAUUACAACUUUAUUUUUACAUUUAUGCAGUAAUAUAGUGUCACAUGUCAUCAUUUGGGUGUAGUUUCAGUGAGACAGUUACAGCAACUGUCCAGGAUUUAGGUAUUUACAUGUGUAUUCUGUUUUAGGGUUGGUAUCCCCUUUAGUUUUAUAAAUGUGUCUCUUCAUAUAAUUUGGAUAAGUUUAAUUGGUUAAGAUGUCAUUAUUGUAGAUUCCAAACACGUGUUUUUCUUUCUCUCAUGUUUUUUUUUUUGUUUGUUUUUUUUUACAGCAGAAUGAGUGUCCGGAUAGCAAAUGGCUAAUUUUUGCUGUCACAUAAGAUUAAGGUUUGCUGUUAAAUGUCUUAUUUGUAUAAACCAGUUUGUUUGCUGCAGCUUCUCUUUGCAGCACAUAGAAAUCUUUAUUGUGCAUUUUCCUUAUUUUCUCUUUUUUUUUCUUUUUCUUUGAGAGGAACAAUUCUAUAAACUUACAUUGCCUUAAAUAUCAAGUGAAGUCUGUUACUGAAGCUCGCUCUCUGGCUGGAUAAAAUGUGCUCUAGUUUUUAAUGGUGCUUUGCUGUUAGUUUAUACUAGUCCAGACCUGUAUUCAUAAACCCUCUGAGGACAGUAGUCAAACGGCCAGAGAACACUUCUGUUUUGAACUUGUGUUUCCUAAAAUAUGUCUUUAAUCGUAGGCUAAAAAUUGGAACAGUUUUGGUAAUUAACUCAUUUUCAUUAUGUGGGUUUUUUUUUUUGUUUUUUUUUUAAUGCUAUCUCCCCCAUAACUUUUGUACAAUAAAGCUUCAAGCCAGUCAUUUGAUUCUGACUUUGGGACUUGCAAAAGUAACCCACAUGCUAUACAACAUAAUAAAAGAAAUACUGGAUAUGUAAAUCUAAAAACUAUGGUGGACGUAAACUGGUUUGACAUUUUUUGUUCAGUUUUGCAAUAUGACUUGCAAUCUCCGAUAGUAUUAUGGUCCCAUCAUAGCUUAAGUCUCAGUUGAGGUAAUAAUGGUAAUCCUCAGAUUUAUGUCAUUAGAUUUAAAUGUCAAAAAAUGUCAACAUUCACAGUUUAAUACAUUGCAUAUAUUGUUGUGAUCAUGUGUUGAGAAAGUGUGUGUUUGUUUGUUUUUCAUUCGCUAUGUUUCCAACCUGUCUCCCAAAAAUUAUGCUCCUAUAUAACUAAACUGCAUUCUCAAUUACAGUUCAGGUACUUUCUGGUUUUCAGCCACCCAAACAUACUUUAUACACAGUAGAUGGGGCUGUCACCUUGGUAACACAGAAAAUAAAGGAGAAGCUUCAAACAUGCUUUUAAAACGGCAUAUUUUAAACCUAAACAGUGCUACUUAUUUUUAGUUUUGAGGCUUAUACUUAACCAAGCUUCUAACAAGUAGUUAUCAUUGUGAAAAUGUCAACAAAGUGUGAUAGUUUGGCUCCGAGCAGGAUGCAAAUGCUGGUCUCUUGAGUGAAAGUCCUGUUGCCGACUUAUGCCACUGUCCAACCCUUCUGAGUCCAUACAAGGCCUUUUGUGUUACAGUGUUACCUUGGGGGGACAGAACACUUUUCUGUCAAAAAGUAAUUGAGAAUGCAAUUUAAAUGUGUAGGAGCAAAAUUUUGGGGAGAUACACUACAGUUCAAAAGUUUGGGGUCACUGAGAAAUAUCCUUAUUUUUCAAAGAAAAGCAGUUUUUUUUUCAAUGAAGAUGACAUUAAAUCAAUCAAAAAUACAGUUUAGAUAUUGUUAAUGUGGUAAACGACAAUUCCAGCUGGAAACGGUUGAUUUUUAAUGGAAUAUCUACAUAGGGGUACAGAGGAACAUUUCCAGCAACCAUCACUCCAGUGUACAUUGUGUUGGCUAAUCACGUUGAAAGGCUAAUUGAUGAUUAUAAAAUCCUUUGUUAGCACAUGAAUAAAGUGUGAGUUUUCAUGGAAAACAUGAAAUUGUGUGGGUGACCCCAAACUUUUGAACGGUAGUGUAGGUUCAGAUGUCUCUUCUAUUUAAUAUAAAAUAACCAUCUCAGUCACAUUCUAAAUAAAUCCAAGCACCAAUCAGAAUAUAGGAACUGGGUUGUUUUGUGGCCUCCCUGAUCAUUAGUUUAAUAAUUCUGGAGCCCGUGUCUGGUAACAGUUAUCAAAACAGUACAAGUUCCAAGUUACCAUGGCAACAGAACUGUAAUGAUGCAAAUCUAGCUAUAGGUUUAGCAGGUCAGAAAAACUCCAAUCCUCUCCAAUAUUGUUUUUUUGUUGUUGUUGUUGUUUGGUUGGUUGGGUUUCUUUGCUUGUUUUUAUUCAACAUGCAUUAUCAUUUAAAAUGACUCACCAAGUUUUCAUAGCUUAAAGUGGAUUUAGUUCCAAACAAUCAACAGAGUGAAAUCUGGGAUUUGAAAGGUGCUUGGUUUUCUUAAAGUUAUGUAGUCUGGCAACUAGCUACAAGAAUAUUACCACUAUUAACUACUGUAAGUAUUUCUGGGCUCACAUAUUAGCCGUAGCUUGUAAUAAUUAAGUCUCUGAUUUGGUUGGAGGUAGUUUUAUGAAUACUGGUCUUCUUUUGUACAACCUAGCAGACUUUGUGUAGGACAAAAUGCCGGAGCAUCAAGGACAGUGGCUUCGACAUGAUUCAUCUUUAUGAAGACGUGCUACAACGCAGCUGUGAGGCGCUUCGUGCUUAAAUGUCACUGUUAAAACUGAAGAUGCAACAAUAUUUUGUGUAACUGCUUUUUUUUUUUGUAGCACAGAAGUACAUAGAGAGGACUCCAAGAGGGCAAAACCCUUCUGUUUAACAAGACAGAGUCAGCAUUAAUUACACCGUCUGUUAGCUCUGUAUAGACAUUUUGUUUGAAUAUUACAAUUAUGUAAAAGUAUAAGACAUGAUCUGAUCAUCGUUUAACAUCUGACCUCUUUCUCUUGUUGUUCUUGGUGUAAAAAUAGAAUCUAUUUCUCACCAACUGUAAUGGUACGUAUUGUUACCUCCUCGUGGCAGAAUGCAGGGGAAUUACUUUCAUUCGUUUACAUUUUACAGACCACAUGAAUGUCAAAUGAAAAACUUGUUGAAAAUCCAAAUCUAAGAAAGAAAAAAAAACAUUCAAUGUUGAUGUUGUUGUUAUUACUAUUAUUACUAUCAAAAGAGAAAAAAACUGUGUUACAUUAGUGUUUCUGUUUUAUUUCUUUGGGGGGGGGUUGUUUUCUUAUGCGCGGGAGGCUGUCUGGUAUAUAUCUAUGUAUUACUUGUGGACUGCAUUUUGCUCACUGCCUCAGUCAUGAAUUGAAACAGUUCUUCACGUUUGAAAAUCCAAUAAUUUACUCCCCAGCACAAGUUGCUGCUAUCGAUGCACCAUUUUCUGAAACUUUGUUUUUCCAGCUACAAAUCUACUGACACAAAAUAGAUGUGAUGCAAAGCUUUGGGAUUCAGGACUAGGUAAGAAGAUCAGAUUAAUCCAAUCAUAUCUUUUAAGUAUGACUAAUGUUAUAAUCAGAUAUAAGGCUACUAUUUGAAAUGGGUUUUAAAUAGUAGGUGUCAGUGGAGCUGUUUAUAUCCCAUGACUCUGGCUGUAGCUCUGUAAAUUUACUAGUUCUGGUUCUGCAUAUGGCAGACUGAACUACCAUGCUAGCUGGCUUGUUGUCAAUGCAUAAAGAGUUUUUGCUGAAGCUUGAAUUUUAAAUUGUAUAUUUUUCUCUGCUUAUGAAAUGAAUAAAUAAAUGAUCAUCAUGUA